AUGGCCACAUCAGGAAUAAUUAAACGCGAUGUAGAAUUACCAACAGAUGCCAGAGGCAAAUUGGCUUUUGGUCUGUACAAUGUUUUUACACCUGAGGAAUGCGAGGAUUUCAUCCGGAUAUCAGAGGAACGUGGCUACGUAAAUAUUGGUGAAGGAGUGCAGUCGAACGACAGAAAUAGCGCCCGAUGUAUCUGGGAAUCACAUGAGGAAGCAGAAAAAAUAUGGCAGAGAAUUAAAGAUUUUAUUCCUUCAGAAUGGAAAAAACGACCUGUUUUAGGACUCAAUGAAAGAUUAAGAUUUUUAAGAUAUGACGAUGGGGGAUAUUUUGAGCCACAUAAAGACCCAUACUAUAAGAGAGAGAACGGAGAGAAAGGUUUCAUUACUAUACUAAUUUAUUUAAAUGAGGGAUUUGACGGAGGAUCAACAACGUUUUUAUCGAAAACGAAUGAAGAAGAAAGAGUCGAAUUUGUUCCCCAAACAGGAACAAUAUUAGUGUUUCAACAUGAUAUUCGACAUGAAGGCUCAACAUUAAUAAAAGGUAGAAAAUAUGCCUUGCGAACAGAUGUGAUGUUUGACAAAAAGAAAAAGGCCAAUGGACAGCCUUUAACGUCAGUCUAGACCAGACGUUUUCAUUCUGGGGUGAAUAAUUUUGUAAUUUUCGGGGGUAAUGAGGCGCUUUGUAGUCUAGCAUAAAUUUUUUGUAUCCUCCUGAAAGAGGUUUCGUUUCCUGGUAAGAUUAAAGCUACCGUAAAUUUUCAAAAAUCUAAUUAAAACCAUUUUGGUCGCCAUCUGGGCAACCUAUUUGAUGCUUAUUUGAAUCUCUGCCAAAUGGUUUUAUUUUAUUAGAUCGCUAACGUUAUUGUUCCUGUAGUCAUAAAUGCUUAGUUUUAGUUAAAUUGCAAGACAUUGCAAGUUGCAAAUUGCAAAUCGGUGCUAUCAGAUAAACUCUAUUUUCAUAAACCCUUUUAGUCUAAAUAAUGAUUGUUAAAGGAACACGUUUGCCAUUAUCUAGAUUGAUUUGGGUCUUGAACAUAUGUAAAUAGUCUUCAGACUAUACUAGAAAUACGAAAAUCACAUAAUUCCUUCAAAAAUAUCACACGCAGAUAAUUCUGGACACACACGGAUAUGAAGGCUAAAAUUUCCGUUUCUGAGACUAAGGUUCGAUUAGUCAAACGGAUGGCAAACCUGUCCCUUAAACGAGAAAAGAGGUUAAAGAACGAGUUGGCGAAUUUUGAAAUCACCUCUCCCACAAAGUUUGAAAUUACAUUCUAAACUAAUAUUCUGAACGUUUAAAAUCUGUGACAUGUUAAAAUAUAUAUAUUGUUGAAUUGUUUUAUUGUUAACUAUAUAGAUAAACCUAACAUUACUAUAUUCAGAAAUUACUGGUUGUUUUUAUAUCAUUAUAGCUCAAUGUUUUUUGUUUAAUUUUGUUUUUAUUUAAUAAAAUGUCUAAUCUAA